UAUAAGCAAAUGUAUUAAAUUUUCGAAACUCAAGACACAAUCAUAACCAAUGAGACCCUACUUGCCAAUCUUGCAUAAAUCAUUAUUUUUGCUCAGAUUUCUCCUUCAAAGCUGUGUUUUAGUCUCUAGGAAUCAAUGCAGGGCUCCAAGGAAUACAAGAAGCAAAGGCUUCAACUGAGAGGAUGCAGGGCCUUGUGUUGCAGCUGCAGGCUUAGUGUUUCAUCCUCAGAGGGAGCUGAGAGCUCGAACUCAGAACGGUUUGCGCCAAUAUCAAGCUUGGCACAUGCCAUGGUGCAAGAGAGACUAGAGCAGAUGAUUAGAGAAAGGCAAGGGGCUAGGCAUGAAGAGAGAAAGAAGGCAAGAGUUGGAGGGACUAAGUUCAUUGUAAUGAUGGCUAUGGAGAAGAGCUCUUAUGAUCCUAGAGAGGAUUUUAGAGAGUCCAUGGUUGAGAUGAUAAUGGCGAAUCGGAUUGAGGAACCAAAGGAUCUUCGUGGCCUCUUGAAUUGUUAUGUUUCGAUGAAUUCUGAUGAGUAUAGGGGGAUUAUACUUGAGGUUUUUCACGAGGUCUGUUCUAAUAUGUUCUUGUGUUGUAAAUGCCAUUGAAAUUUUAGAAAACAGAACUUGUUCACCAGCCAGGC